AUGCGCUCAUCACUAGAAACUUUAAUCCGCAACAUAAUCAUCCGAAAAAUCGAGUUUGCGCUCCAAGAAAACAUCGAAGCAUUGCCACCGUCAAUCGAGAACGAGAUAAAAACUCCCGAGUUCCCGGAUAAGUUGAAAAACUGGAGUAAAGAAGAACCUGAUAACAGAGAAAUCCAGUCAUUGUGCGACAACGCAGUUACAAUUCUCCAAUAUUGCUCGCGUCAUAAAAAUGAUGCAGCCAGUAAAUACGUGACGGAAUUCGUGAAGAAAUUGCACGAAAAAUUGAUAACCGAUUUUGAUUUUAACAACCAGCCGGAACAGUUCCAUUGGACCGAAGUAUCCAAAGGUAUCACGCGAUUCUUGGCGACUUACAUAUCGCUCGCCAAUUUCGAAGAUAACGCGGAAAUAAAACAUUCGAUUUGUCACGAAAUUAUUAGCAAAAUGACUCCACCAUUGAGUCCCAAGCUUCCUUGGACGUACAAAAGCUCUGAUACUAUCAUCAGUCUAUCUUUGCCCCGUGUCUACACCUAUUUCCUUUACGACGAAGACACGUUGAAAGAAGAAGUUAAAGAUGGUAUUUUCAGGAUUGUUGGAGAACAGUAUAGCAAUUUGCACGAUAAUGAAGAAUUGAGAGAUAAUUUUGAAUAUUAUAAGUAUUACGAUAGUUUGUAUACUUAUUACAUGGCUGCUAUUAAAGACACUCGUUUGUUAAAUUAUAGAAAAAUUUACGAUGAUAAUGAUAACAAUGACAAAAUUUUAUAA